UCUGGUCCGCCUCUCUCCAUCUCCCAAUCCCUCCCCUCCGCCGUUCUCUCUCUCUCUCUCCCUCCCCCAUCUCUUUCUCUCUCUAGCUCUCUCACUCUCUCCACCACCUCCCAAACUACAGAACCUUCUCGACUCUUCGUCUCUCUCUCUCCGAGACACAUCUCAAUUACCAGUCUCUCGAGGAUCUGUAUCGUUCGUUUGAGAUUGGUGGUGUUUUGUAUUUCUUAUUCUGAACGUAGACAGAGCUUCGGGAGAUGACGAGUUCGACGACGAGCACUGUCUACGUCAACGUCAUCGAAGAUGUAAUCAACAAGGUUCGAGAAGAAUUCCUCAACAACGGCUGUCCCGGCGAGAGUGUUCUCACCGAGCUCCAAGGAAUAUGGGAAUUGAAAAUGAUGCAAGCGGGUGCUAUAUUGGGUCCGAUUGAGAGGUCCUCGGCGACAAAGUCGACGACGCCGGGGGCCUCCGUUACACCUGUUCAUGAUCUUAAUGUACCGUAUGAGGGGAAUGAGGAGUAUGAAACUCCCACAGCUGAAUUACUGUUUCCACCAACUCCCAUUCAAACUCCUUUAUCGGGAACAGUGCAAACACCUCUACCGGGAAUGGUUCAAACACCUCUACCCGGAACUGCCCAAACUCCUCUACCUGGAUCUGCGGACAGCUCGAUGUAUAACAUUCCUACUGGUGGCACUUCCAUCACUCCUAGUGACUAUACUUCUGUUAAUGAUACUGCCGGUGUCACUGACUUGAAAGCUGGGAGGCCCAGCCAAUACAUGCCACCACCAUCUGCUUGGAUGAAUCAACGGCCCCCUUUGAGCGUUGAUGUUAAUGUUGCUUAUGUGGAAGGGCGGGAAGAGCUGGACAGGGGAGCACCUCAUCAACCCACAAUGCAGGAUUUCUUCAUGAUGUCUUCUGGAAAGCGGAAACGUGAGGAUUUUGCUUCGCAAUAUCAGAAUGGUGGAUUCAUACCACAGCAGGAUGGAGCUGGAGAUGCUAUGUCUGAUGAUUUUCAGGUAAGUCAUACUGAAGGCAAUAUUGUCACUGCUGCGAACAGAGAGGUGAUCACACAAGGGGUGGGGUUGUCCUCGAGGAUUCCUCAAUUGGAUGGGCCAAUUCCUGAUCCUUAUGAUGAUGUGCUUUCUACACCCAAUAUAUACAAUUAUCAAGGAGGAGUUGUCAAUGAAGACUACAAUAUAGUGAACACACCAGCACCAAAUGAUCAAGCAGGUACUCCUGCUGUUGUCACUCAGAAUGAUAUUGGAGAAGAUGAUGACGAUGAGCCCUUGAAUGAAAAUGACGAUGAUGAUGAUUUGGAUGACGUGGACCAGGGAGAAGAGCUAAACACACAUCAUUUAGUUUUGGCUCAGUUUGAUAAGGUUACGCGGACCAAGAGCAGGUGGAAAUGUACUCUAAAGGAUGGCAUUAUGCACAUAAACAAUAAAGACAUUCUCUUUAAUAAGGCAACUGGAGAGUUUGAUUUCUGAUUUUGUUAGAGAAAUCUUAGCCAACAAAAUUGGCAGUUGCUGUCUGAGAGCAAAUCUGUGGAUGUCACACACAGGGCAUUGCCUAAAUUUUCUUUUAAUUAUUAUUACUUAAGUGAGCUUGCAGGAAGAGAAUGAGAUGCUUGGUGCUUUUGGGAGGAAUCAGUGGUUGGCCAGUUGUACAUAAAGGGACGACAGCCUUUUCGGCACUAAAUGGAUGGCUGCUGGAGUUUUUUUGUUUUUGUUUUGAAACUCUCUGAUGGAAUGUGUAAUUCCAUUUCUGUAUACUUGGGAUAUUUUUGGUUAAUUUAAAUGAAUUGCAAUUGUUUGUUUUCAUUC